AAAGAAGUGCAGUCUGCAGGUAAAUCAUUAGCUAAUUGGGCUGCAGGAAGGGGAUUGACACAUAGAGGAAACUACACUUUACAUAUAAACUAUCCCUGGGUAACGCGCUGCAGUCUGGCAUCAAAGGGUUAAUCCACUGAUUCCCACAAUCCAGUGCUGCCCAAUCAGGACAAGGUGAGAGCAGAGGGGCAAAAGUCUCAUGACCCCCAUCACCUGAUCAAUAACCUCCAAUCACUGAAACUAAUUCCUUCCUGAGGCAUCAGCCCUUUAACUGCUGAACAUUGUUAUCCAAGGGUGAGUUCUACUGCACCCCAAACUCCAGCCCUCCUGACUGCACCCUAAACCCCAGCCCUCUUGACUGCACCCCCAAACUCCAGUGAUCUGCUCACAUCAUUCAGGUUGGAAGGAAUUCAGCAUGCAGUACCACAUGUCACCUGCAGAUGGCAGCUCCGCCCCCUUCCUGCUCUCCAUGAGUUUCCUCACAGGACAGGAACAGUGUGAGGACGCAUGGAUGGAGGAGGAGGAGGAGGAGGGUUGGAGCUGUGAGGAGGAAGGCUGUGACUGUUGGCAGGAGGAUUUCAGGGCUGGUGAUGAGAGAAAGAGGGAGAAUGAGGCACUGUAUCCCAGAACAUUGGCACAGAUACCCCACGGCACAGGGAACUGCCCCACCAACCACAGCUCCCGGGUCCUGCACCACCCCUCCUUCCAGGCCUACUACUCCGCCGUCGCUCUACACCAGGGGCUGCCGACCCCCGACAUGGACAAGAGGAAGGAAUUAGGAUUUACCUUCAACUGUGCCGAUUAUUUCUACAGCGACCCCUUAAUGAGCCCCGGGCACCGCACCUACAACUGCCUGUCUCCUGGGACCCAAAAAAUUUUCAGCUGUUUCUCCCUGGACACCCCCCCUCCCAUCAUGGCUCCCUGUGAGUCCCCAGCAGCACCCGCCUCCUCACACAAGAGUCCUCCUGCAGCACCCGCCUCCUCAUACAAGAGUCCUGCUGCAGCACCCGCCUCCUCAUACAAGAGUCCUCCUGCAGCACCCGCCUCCUCACACAAGAGUCCUGCUGCAGCACCCGCCUCCUCACACAAGAGUCCUGCUGCAGCACCCGCCUCCUCAUACAAGAGUCCUCCUGCAGCACCCGCCUCCUCAUACAAGAGUCCUCCUGCAGCACCCACCUCCUCACACAAGAGUCCUCCUGCAGCACCCGCCUCCUCACACAAGAGUCCUCCUGCAGCACCCGCCUCCUCACACAAGAGUCCUCCCACAGCACCCGCCUCCUCACACAAGAGUCCUCCUGCAGCACCCGCCUCCUCACACAAGAGUCCUCCUGCAGCACCCGCCUCCUCACACAAGAGUCCUCCUGCAGCACCCGCCUCCUCACACAAGAGUCCUCCCACAGCACCCGCCUCCUCACACAAGAGUCCUCCUGCAGCUCCCCUUGCACCGAUUGGCUCCUCCCAUAUGGACACAAGAGGCCGGACUCCUCCCUUGGAAAAGUGCCAGUGGCCGCCAUUGUGCGAGGAGAGCGAGAUGGAAAACCAGGAACUUGAACCCCCCUCUCCAGGGGGCGACAUUUCCACUUUCCCCCAGUGCUCCCCGUCUGAGGCUGAUGCCGUCUGUGCCUUAUUAUCCCUCUCGGGCUCCUGCCCCCCACCUGCUGGCCAGUCAUGGGGCCCCAGACACUGAGGACAUUCCCCUCCAUGGGGCUGUUACAGUUUAUUUUUAUAUUUGAUUGAAGUUUCCCUUUGUGUCCGUUGGAACUGGUUCUUUAUGUUUCUAUUAAAGGUAAUGAGAAUGCA